GAGGAGAGUCGGUCACAUGCAGCCACACCGGGACUCAUGUAGAUAAACCGCUUUUACCCAUCGCUUAUGGAGCAGCAGCACAGGGAGUCUACAGUGGAGGAGGACAACAAGGCUGGAGCCAGAGCUUUAAGAAGAGGAUGAGAAGCAUCACUGCAACCUGACUCACACCGGGAGUCAGCCUCAGCACCUGCAGCGGCAGACUGAGCACUCCGGCUAUCAAGGAGACUGGGGCAGACGGGGAGAGAGCUGCUGAGAUUAUGCGCGGGGCAGAGAGCUCCUGUGGAUUCCCCAUCUUUGGCAACAGCAGCAGCAGCAGAGGGGGCAGGAGCUGUGGCUCUACAGACAGCAGCCGAGCUAGCUGGAGCUGCAGAAAAACAGGAAGCUCUAAAGCAAUUCAUUUAUCCAGAGAUGAAGGUAGCACUUACAGCCAAGGUGUAACAGGAACCAGCUGUCGAUGUAGCCACAGUGUUGAAUGUACCUGUAGCCAGAGCAGUGACGGUAGCUGCAAGGUGACCACAGCAGUGCAGUCAGGUGUAAUUGUAGUAGUAGCAGGGGGGCAGUGGCUCAGGACCCUGAAUGACCAGUGUGGCUGAUGAAGGCCACCUGGAUCCGCUUGCUGAAACGAGCCAAAGGAGGUCGUGUCAAGAGCUCCGAUGCCUGUGGUUCGGCCGACUCCUACACCAGCCGUCCAUCAGACUCCGAUGUGUCCCUGGAGGAAGAUAAGGAGGCAGUGCGCAGAGAGGCAGAGCGACAGGCUCAGGCACAGCUUGACAAGGCCAAGACCAAACCAGUUGCAUUUGCCGUCCGCACAAAUGUCAGCUACAGCCCGAGUCACGACGAUGAUGUCCCUGUGCCAGGCAUGGCCGUCUCCUUUGAGGCUAAAGACUUCCUCCAUGUCAAAGAGAAGUACAACAAUGACUGGUGGAUAGGACGCCUGGUGAAAGAAGGCUGUGAAAUCGGUUUCAUCCCCAGUCCAGUGAAGCUUGAAAACACUCGUAUCCUCCAGGAGCAGAGAGCCAAGCAGGGCAAGUUCCACUCCAGUAAAUUGGGAGCAAACUCAUCAUCUAGUUUAGGUGAAGUUGUUCCUAACUCACGGAAAUCUACUCCUCCUUCAUCUGCUAAACAGAAGCAGAAGUCGACGGAGCACAUUCCUCCGUACGACGUUGUGCCUUCCAUGCGGCCCGUGGUUCUGGUUGGACCAUCACUGAAGGGCUACGAGGUGACAGACAUGAUGCAAAAAGCGCUGUUUGACUUUUUGAAACACAGAUUUGAGGGAAGAAUAUCAAUCACUCGCGUCACGGCGGACAUCUCUCUUGCCAAACGCUCAGUCCUGAACAAUCCCAGCAAGCACGCCAUCAUCGAACGCUCCAACACACGCUCAAACUUGGCUGAAGUCCAGAGUGAGAUCGAGCGGAUUUUUGAAUUGGCGCGGACGUUACAGCUGGUGGUUCUGGACGCCGAUACCAUCAACCACCCGUCACAGCUGGGGAAGACUUCCCUCGCCCCCAUCAUUGUCUACGUCAAGAUCACCUCACCCAAGGUGUUACAGCGGCUCAUCAAGUCCAGAGGCAAGUCUCAGGCCAAACACCUCAAUGUCCAGAUGGUGGCCGCCGACAAGCUGGCUCAGUGCCCUCCUGAAAUGUUUGACAUCAUUCUUGAUGAGAACCAGCUGGAGGACGCAUGUGAGCAUAUGGCCGAUUACCUGGAGGCCUACUGGAAAAGCACUCACCCCACCAGCUGCAGCCCCCCUGACCCAGUGCUAGCAAAGCUACCCACAGCCAGCCUGCCCUCCAGCACGGCCCCGGUCUCUGGCGUGCAGGGAAACAGUACAGAGCAGAAGGGAGAUAAAGUGGAGAGGAAAGGCUCCAAAGAGGAUUACCAGCACCACCAUCACCGUCACCACCAUCAUCACCACCACCAGAGCCUGGACCAGGGCGACGCUGACGAAGAGGGGGAGGGGGAGGGGGAGGGGGAGGGCAAUGAGGAGGAGAGGCCUCUUAGGACAGAGUCAUCCAGGAGAUCCCAGCACGUCCACCACCGGUCAUCUUCUACCAGGACUGAGCACCACAACCACCAUCACCACCACCAUCACAGCAGUAAAGCCAGGGGCCUCUCCCGGCAAGAGACUUUGGACUCUGAGACCCCCGAGAGCAGGGAGAGCCGAGAAAGCCGAGAGAGCAAGGACUCGGCUUGUACUGAGCCGCACACUCAGCGUCUCCAGCAGGAAGAGGAGGACGAUGAGGAUCAAGGGGAGGGGCAUCCCCAGCUGCAACAGCGUUACGAGCCACUGCCCCACCGGGACCACAACCACCAUCACCACCACCACCAUCACCGCAGCGGGGCGGAGGAGGCCGGUCACAGCACGGGACAGCAGCGCUCCAAAGAGCGCGAACAGGACCACAACGAGCGGAACAAGCAGCGCUCUCACCACCACCACCGGCCGGCACGCGACCACCACCAUCACUACUACGACCGGGACAGGGAGAGGGACAGAGAAGGGGAGGUAGCUCCAAAAAAGAGGGGUGAGGCAGGGGAAUGGGCCAGAGACUCGUACAUCCACCAGUGACAGACCAGAACCCCUCCCACGGCCCUCCUGGACUCUGUUCUGUCCUCCCAUCGUGCUGCUAUACCCUAAAAAACCACAGCAUCCUAUUUAUGUACACUUCUUUGUAAAUGCUGUUGCAUCUUUUUCAAUGGCAGGAUUUUGAUUACAUAGAUACAAAUAUAAAUAUAUGAAUAUAUGUAUGUGUGUAUCUAUGCAUAGACGUUGUUUAUGUGUGGAUAUGCAUGAAUAUUCUCAAAUAUGCAUAUUUUAAACCUGUGUUUGAUAAAGCAUGACACAAAAGCAGAAUUUUUUCUGUACUGAGCUGUGCUUUCUGUGAUUAGCAUUAUAAUUUUUAUUGUUUCUAAUAUUAUUAUUAUUAUUGUUAUUAAGUUUUAUUGCUUGCUACCACUUGAAUCAUUUGUUCCUUCAGACUACUGCGAGGGUUGACCAGCCAUCAUACUUUGAUGUUGUAGUUGCAGAAUAGUUUGACACUUUGGGAAAUAACACUUGUUAUUUGCUUGUCCAGACUUACAUAGUUGCCAGUUUAUUAGGUACACCUAAUGAGCAUGGCAUUAAAUAAUCUGGGUGGAGGUGAUAGUGUUCAGUUUUUGUUGAACCUUUUUAUUCACUGAAUGUGUUCAUUCGAUUUUCAGAGAGUAUAGUUGAAGUCUAUUGAUUUUAUUUGAUGUACCUAUUGUUUUGGUCACAGUACUGAUGAGAUACCAUCAAAGGGUUCCAUAACACUUCCUUUAAUUACAUUGAAAACUGUUGAAACUACUCAUUUUCUAAGUAGUCUGCUUGUACACCUCUGGACCGCUUUCAGAGCUGCUCCUGUUUUUAGGUCACUUGAGAUCUUGCAUGUUUCUGCUGAUUUAACCACAAACCUCAAAAGAGCUUCUGUUUUAAACAGAUUAGCUCUAAGGUUUAUCAUGAUUGUAACUCAUCAUGAUAAUUAGCUUUCAGGCUACAACCAAGCAACCAAACAGCAGUUUUCAGUGGAAGAGUCCAAACCCAGUGGCAGUGCUUUAGGUCAGGACCAUGCUCGUUUUUCUCUUUGUAUUUUCAAGAUUCACAUAGUUGUCAGUUUAUCCACCAGGACCAGACUGUUUUACGAAUCUUCUGAGGCAUGCAUUUGUGGGGAGAGAACCUGAAUGGUGGCCUGUACCAUCUAUAUCUGUAUAUCUAUAAAUGUCCUACUACAAAUAGUCAGAAAUAGACUUAAAAUAGCAGCAGUUCUUGAAGUGAUCAAGGGGUCCACAAGGACUGGACAAAACGGCAGACACAAAUCCCUUUCGGGGUUGUGUCAAGAAGAAAAUCCAGUAUAAAAACUCUACCAAACCUACCCAAUUUGAAUAAGGGAUCAGCCAAGCGUAGCGUCUCUAAGAAGCAGAACAGCUUUCAGUCCUUUAGUAAGCAUAAAUCACAGAUUUGAGAAUAAUCAUAAAGUUGAAUCAAUGACUGUUUUAAUUCAAAAAUAACUGAAUACUAUACUCUUCAUAAAUGCAGCACUGUUAUAUCAGACUGCAUUGAUUUUUAGCAGGUGAAAAGCUUGAUACCACUCUGAUAUCUGUAGGAGUGUAGAGCCAACAGCAGGUUAGCUUAGCACAAAUAAACAGGAGGAAAGAGCUCAUGUGAACAGUUUCUCUGAAGGUAAAAACCACCCACCAGCACCUCUAAAAGCUCAACAAUUACCAUUUUGUGUUGGUGAAAUCUGUACAAACCCUACAAAUAACAGGUUGUGGCAUUACUGGGGGAGGGGGAUUCAUAUAUGAGAGUGGUAUCGCUCUAACUCUGACAGCGUAUUUCCCAAAGUGUCAAACUACUCGUUUUAAUUGUAUGUUCAUCACUUACUGCUUAGUUUCUUUUUUUGAUUCCACGGGUUUUAGAUGUUACGUUUUAACAUAUUCAUGCCUUCUUGCAGGCGCACCUUAGUCUUGCCUUACAAGACAGACAAAGAGUUCUCCAGUAACUUCCUCUCAACACAUGCAGUACUGUUCUUUGUAUGGGUCCAGAAACAUUUUAUAACAUUGGAACAGGCUUUUUCACAUUGGUUUCAAGUGAAAGGGAUUUGAUAUAACAUUCCCACCAAAUCGUAGGUCCUGAUGAUUCAUCUUGGAUUAAUUCUGACCCCUUUUCUAAUGAAUUCCAUUUAAGUCCUACUUUGAUUUCUUAGUACAAACAAUGCUAAUUUUAGGAUAUGUUGUUCAGUGUGGGUAUUUCUGAAAUUCCAAAGAAACAAAAAUAAUUCCAAGUGUUUACCAGAUAAAUAUUGCCUUUAAGUUUUUGCCAUCUUUUCACUCUUCUGACUAAAAUACAGGAUCUAGUUAGUGGAUUUGGGGAUAUUUUACCUGCUCUGUAUGCCUGAGUCAACGACAUCAUCAAAACCUGAAUAGACUUUAGUUGAUCUUUGAGUCCGUGCACUCUGGCCCUCUGUUUACACACCAUCUCCUCACCUUUUUUUUUUUAAAUGUUUUUUUUUGCCUGAUAAUUGUAAUUAUAAAAACUCGUCCAUUUCUAUGCUACAUUGGUAGCACUACAGAUUUUAUAACAGUGUACAUGUGUACAUAUUGCAUAAAUAUGAAGAAUAAAGUUGGAAACAAACGAC